UUAAUCUUCAGCAUGAGCGUCACACGCUUUGUUUUCACAACAAACACGCACUUUGUUCCCCCGCUCUUCCAGGAAAUAGCCAGCCCCCCUCGGGCUCUUCACUACAGUGUGUUUCUUUCUUCUCGGCGAGCUUUUACGCGCCGUUUUCUAGUUGGUGAGGGAUCCCGAUAAACAUAGCGUGAUUGGUAGUGGUACUUAAGUUUGACCCCAGAAGACGUGUGACGCCUUCUUAAAGAGACAGUACACAAUAAAGUGGAACCUUCCAGAACUAAAACAUGUCAGCACCAAAAACACCCGGCUCAGGUAUCGUGGAGUCCAAUCCGGGGAAGUUCCGUUUAGGCGAAGAUGAGCUUCGGGAGAGGAGAGGCUUUGUGGAGCAAACCAGGAAGUCCGUGCAGGAGAUGAAGGACCACCUGUCCAGUCCAGCAGCCGUGGCUCAGGCGGAGAAGAAGAACAAGGAGGCCCUGCUGGCUGCAUCGGCCCCUGACAGGUCGACGGGUCUGGAGGCCCAUUUGGUGUCGAACAACUCCAGAUACCUCCAAGAUCAGCAGGAACAGCAGCAGCUGAUCAUGCAGGAGCAGGACGAUCAUCUGGAGCUGGUGUCUGGAAGCAUCCGAGUCCUCAAAGACAUGUCAGGACGUAUUGGAGAUGAACUGGACCAGCAGGCCGUUAUUUUGGGAGACUUUGGGGACGAGAUGGACCAGACGUCGUCUCGCAUGGACUCUGUCCUCAAGAAGCUGGAGAAGGUCUCUCACAUGACCAGCAGCCGUCGCCAGUGGUGCGCCAUCGGCAUGCUGGCGGCCGUCCUCGUCGUCGUCCUCAUCCUCUUCUUCGCUCUCUGAUGCCGGUGACCUUUCAACUCUGGACUCCGCCCCCUCCUCCGCUCCGUCUUGUUGCCUCCCAGGCUGGUUUUCGUCGCCGUGGAAACCUCAGUGGGAAAGUAGGCGGCGGCCAAUUGAAAUCAGGGAUGUGUUUUUCCCGCUUUUGAACGUUACGAAACAUUUCGAUGUUUCCUUGUUUUAUUUUGAAACUUAAGUUUUAAAAUAACUUUUUUUAUAUACCGUGGCGAUUUGAUAGCGUCGGCGUGACGUCAGCAGCCUCCUGAAUGUUGCAAGCCGUUGCUAGGCAGGACGCUGUUGCUUGGGAGGAAGCACACUGUUGUUAAGCCCAGCGCUCCUCCUGCUGGAGAACAAUGGUAUUGCUUAAGUGACUUAAUACUGUACAUUUGUAUUUUUUUUUUUUUUUGGCUUUUAUUAUUUUGUACAGAAGCUCAUGCUGACAUCUCACAUAUUUUGAAAGAGCAAAAACUCAACCAAAUGUAUUUUAUCCAAAUUUUACUGCCAAGUCUGAAUGUUUUUAAUGUAAAAAGUGUUUUAUUUUUUUUGCUCAGCUGUGUUUUAUAUUAUAUUGAAACGAUGCAAUAUCAUAAAGAAUAAUAAAUAAAAAAAAGUGUAAUCAUUCACAAA